AUGGCUGAUCAUAGCUCAAUGAUGAAACAAUGGCAAUUCACUCGAUCUGGAAAGCCUCGAAAUAUAUUGACCAUAACUGAAAUACCUAUUCCAACAACAUGUCCGGACGACGAACUACUCAUCAAAAUUAGUUACGUCUCCUUGAAUUCGGCAAUAGUACAUCGACUUAUGGCAUACCGUGGUGUUCUUGACCCUGUUGGUGCAUUCAGAACUCGACCUAGUGUGCCUGAAAAGGAUUUCAGUGGAAUUGUUUGUGAUUUAAGAGGUGCAAAUGUGAAAGGAUUUAACACAGGUGAUCGAGUAUUCGGAAUGGGCCCAACAGCAUUCCGAGAAAUCGGACGAGGCGUUCUAUGUGAAUAUGCUCUUAUUAAACAAGAUUCUCUAGUUAAAGUACCUGAUGAUAUUUCAAUGAAAGAUGCUGCAUGCUUUCCUGUCGCUGGCAUUACUGCAUACUGUUUUUUGAUGGAAAAAGCUCAGUUGAAGAAAGGAGACAAAGUAUUUAUCAACGGUGGAUCGGGUGCAGUUGGUGUUAUGGUAAUUCAACUAGCACGCACCAUUGUUGGACCUACCGGUCUAGUAGUGGCGACAUGCACUGCAGCCAAGAGCGAUGCUAUUCGAAAUCUAGGUGCAGAUGAGAUUAUAGAUUAUACAGCACAUGAUUUACCAGCUUUUCUUCGAGAACACUAUAGUUCACGUCCGUUUGAUGCUAUCUUCGAUACUGUGGGAUCCGAUCAUGUACUCUAUUCGAGUUCACCUGCAUAUUUGACUCCUGAAGGUCUUUUCUGUGCUAUUGGAUUGGUUGAUUUUGGCUCCACAGUGUGGGCAGGCACGAAGAGAAUUUUACAAUUGCUGAGUGCAAUGAUGGUACCUGUCUACCUUGGAGGUGUGCCUCGUAGAUAUAUCUUCGAGCCUUUGAAAGUAUCUCAUGCACGAAUGGUUGCUAUGGCAAAAUUGGUGGAAGACAAGGCUUUCAAAGCUGUAAUUGACUCGACAUACAAAUUUGAUGGUGUACUCGAUGCUUACGAUCGAUUGGUGUCUCGGCAAGUGAUUGGGAAAGUGGUUGUUGAGGUGAACGCUGAUCACGACUGA